CUGAAAGACACUGCGCCGAACAGCCAGGGUUACAUGAGCAGUGUUGCGGAAUUAAGUCUGACAUGAAAUCACAGCUGAGCAACAGAUCUAAGAGCCAGAUCUCUGUCAUAGGUCUUGGAUGUUAGCCUUUCCUCUGAGCCACAGACAACAUCCCAUCUAGCCAGGUGUGACUAGGAGGCUGUUGGAUUUUGGUAUUCCUCUGACAAACUUGAUAUCAAACCUGUGAGAUUUGGAGAGAGGACAGAUUUUUUGCAUCCAGCGUGACUCAUCCUCCAGUCCCAGUCCGCCUAACCAGCCAGAAGCCAGAAGGAGAGACCCCACCCCUUGCCCACCCUCCCCUGCUGCUAGCUUGCACCAGCAUGGCAGACAGUCGACAGCCAGAAGAUGGUGCCCCCCAGUGGGACCCAUCAGGGGGGCAGGAGCCUACAGGCACCCAUGGAGCCAAUGGCUACUCUUCCUCCGCCUACAGGACCUGCCAGCCUGGUGGGGCGCACAUGGCUACAGGCCCCUACUCGGCCAGGGAGAAUGGAUUCAAUGGAGAGCUAACUGGAGCCCCUGCUAUAACUGCAGAGCAAGUGUCAGCGCGGAUCGUGCAGGAAGUGACGGCAGAGGCAGUGGCGGUACUGAAGGGAGAGCAGGAGACUCAGAGGCUGCCAUCAGUUGAAGACACCACAAAUUUGCCUCCCUCUCCUCCCCCCUCACCUGCUGCAGAGCACUUUGGUCCUCUGGAACAAGAUGUAGGGGAUGAGGAGGAGGCGGGCCCUCUCCGCCGCUUCCAAAAUUCUCGGGAGAGGUGCAAGUUCCUCGCCCCCUCCAUCUCAGUUUCCGUGCCCGAGGACGACCCCUACCACUCCGACGAGGAGUACUAUGAGCACCCAUUGUUCAGCCCAGAGUGGACGCACUCGGGCUCUCGCCCCACAGGGCAGGCCGUGGCCUUUAGACAGAUUGAAGCUUUGAAGAUGGAUUCAGACAAGCAGGGCAGCGAGAAAAGUGGUUCCAUGAGCCCAGACAGCAUCGGAUCGGAGAAACGCCCCGAGGAGUUUUUUGAGCCCCAGAUGCAAGGGUUCUUUGCUGGUGAACGAGUUGUACCAGAGAGCCCCACCAUGGAUAUGCCAUCCUUUGUACCUCCGAAUGUUCAAAACCAAGCCAAAGAAUGUGUCAGAUCACUCACACUCCAGCCUACAUAUGGCGAGCCUAUUACAGUGUCAGAGAAACAGCCAUCAGUGGAGGUGGUGGAGAUCAGCAGCAUAGGUUCUCCCUCUGAUUUCUCAUCACUGGGAGACAAAGUUCAAGGAGGAGAAUCACCGAGGGAUGCUAGAGACAGAUCUGGCAUGUCAGCAUAUUUUGAAACAUCAGCCAUGGAUGUUGAUGAGGCGCCGCAAUCUAAAGGUGAGGGUUAUUACGAACUGAGCAGAUCUGGUGAAGAGAAGAGUCCGGCUGAUGGCAGGCCUGAGGAGAUCAGCUACAGCACACUCGCUGAAGCUCAGGAUAAACCCGAAACUAAAGAAAGUACAGCAGAGGACACUAGAGUGUUCACAGUUCCUGACAGGAGUAAUGAAUGCCGGCUUUCCCCGGGUAAAUUGGCCUUAGAGCAGAGGAGUUACUCACUUAACAUCACCAUUGGGGCAGUGGAUCCGAGUGGCCAAGGGAAACCAAGGAACUUCUCCCCGCUGGCCACAGAUAUCAUGUCAUACACUAGUGGAAGUCUAGACGAUUCAGCAGACUACCUCCCAGUCACUACGCCCUCUGUGGACAAGCCUCCAUUGUUGCCUCCCUUGAUCCUGGAGACUGCAGCUUCCAUAACUUCAGAUUCCUCAUCUCCCCCAAGGACCACAGAACCAGUUUCAAAACCCAGUCCUGAAUCGGAGUCGCCAGAAUCACCACAGCCCCCUAAGAGCGCGUAUAAGAAUGGCACAGUGAUGGCACAAGACUUGCCUGAGAUGCUGGACCUUGCUGGUACCCGCUCCAGGCUGGCAUCAGAAAACACUGACCCAGAAAUCACACGGAGAAAGUCAAUACAAGCUGAUGCCCCACUCUUUGCUGAUGACCCACUGGCUAGCUUAGUUUCAGGGGAACAAAGCCCCGGGGCCAGAAAGAGUGAUAGCCAGCUGGAAGAGAUGGGCUAUUGUGUGUUCAGUGAAUAUUCAGGGCCCAUGCCAUCACCUGCAGAUGUAUUCAGCCCUACAAACGCUUCUGCACAGGCCUUCACCCCCUCCGUCCUGGAGGAAAAAGUGGCUGAGCAAGCUAGGAAAUUAGCAGUCAGAGACACAUCUGUGGAGGACAAGAGCCAGCCAUCAGGAGGUGCUGAUGUCACAGAGGAGACAGACCAGAAGCAAGAAGAGACAAAAGAUUCUGCUGAAGAAAAGAGCAAGGAGGUUGCAGAUGAAGAGUCCAAAAAAUCUGUAAGUGAGACGCCAAUUGCUCAACCGUGUGAUUCCUUUGUGACACCAACGGUGACCGUGACUCUAGAAGAAGGCGGAAGGACAGAAAGUGAGACUGAACGACAAGCCAGUGGCGAAGGCUCGGCGUCAGAAACCGAGAUCGCCGACUACGAGAGGCAGAUCCGCAAAUUGGAGAUGGAGGACAGGCCUCUGAGUUUGGAGGAGGAAAGAGAGCUGCAGGAGCUGCGGGAGAAAGUGAAGCUGGUCCACCAGGAGGCCUAUGAGGAAGUGGAUGCCGAAGAUGUGUACCAGCUGACCGGUGUGGCCAAGGACCGGAUUGCCAGGCCAGUCAAAACGUCACCUGCUUCAUCUGUGGACAGCAACAUAGACGAUGACAAGCUGCUCUCCCCGGUACUCUCACCUUCUAAACUUAAACAAAGAGAAAUGUAUGGUUCCCCCAAAAGAACACCUUCACCAGUGUUAGGAAUAAACAAAGAGAAAGAGGAGUCAGAAAGAAAAAUGAGGGAAGCAGAGGAAAAGAAAAUGAAAGAAGAGAAAGAAGAGGCAGAGAGGAAAAUCAGGGAAGAGGCAGAAAAGAAGGAAAAGGAAUUGAAAGAGAAAGAAGAGAGGGAAAAGAGGGAGAAAGAAGAGAAAGAGAAAGAAGAGAGGGAAAAGAGGGAGAAAGAAGAGAAAGAGAAAGAAGAGGCUGAGAGAAUACUGAGGGAAGAAAAAGAAAGGAAGGAGAAAGAACAGAAAGAACAGGAGAUGAGAGAAAAGGAGAAAGAGGAGAGAGAGAGGAAGGAGAAAGAAGAAAGAGAGAAGAAGGAAAGGGAAGAGAGGGAAAAGUUGGAGCAAGAGGAAAGAGAAAGGAAAGAGAAAGAGGAGAAAGAGAAGAAAGAAAGAGAGGAAAAGGAAAGGAUAGAAAAAGAGCUGAGAGAGAAGGAAGAGAAAGAAAAGCUAGAGAAGGAACUCAAAGAAAAGGAGGAGAAAGAGAAGAUAGAAAAGGAGCUGAAAGAGAAGGAAGAGAGGGAGAAAGUGGCAGAGAUGGAGAAAAAGGUUGCAGAGGAGAUCGCAAGACAAGCAGAGGAGAAAGCAGCCGCGGAGACUGUGGAGAAAGAGGCAGAAAAACCUGCAGAGGCUGAGAAGGGGCAAGAGGAAGGUGAGGAGGACGUGUUAGAGAAAGCAGUGGCAGGAGCAGCGAUGGUAAAGGAGAUCCCAGAGACUCGCGCUGCCAUCGAAUCAGUGGUGACGGUCGAAGAUGAUUUUAUCACUGUGGUCCAGACCAUCGAUGAAGCAGACGAGCCUGGACACAGUGUUCGUUUCUCUGCUCCGCCUGAGGCUGAGGCCCUUUGUGUUGCUGCCCAGAAAGAGGAAGAAGAGGACGAGGAGGAGUCUGUAGAGUUAGCCCAAGAAGCAGACAUUGAGGCUGCAAGUCUAGAAGAGGUGGGUGAGGUUCCUGAGGCCCCUGCCACCCCUGAGAAGGAGGCUCAAACCAUAGAAACUGAAGGACAGACAGAAAGCUACGAUAGAGAUGAAACCACAAUGGACGACUCCAUCCUUGACAGCUCCUGGGUCGACACACAAGAUGAUGAUAAGAGUAUGGCGACAGAGCAGAUUGAGCCUUUGCCCAAGGUGCUCAGCCCAGUCAAAAAGCCUGGCGUGGUCCAGAACAAGCAGACGCAACUGAAGAAGACGGAGAAACAGGAGAAGCCAGUCAAACCAAAGGCCAAGGGAGGGCGGCCUAAAGGCAGAAUCUCCACACCAGAGCGCAAACCUGUCCGCAAAGAACCUGUCUACAUCCCCAGAGAGGAAGUCAAGAAGAAAAAAGCUGUGAUAAGGAAAGCCGACCUUACCAAAAAAAUGGAGACUCAGAGUCAAUCCCCGUCCAAGAGGAGUGUGGUAAAACCAACCGUCCGGCAGACCCGCCCCACUCAGCACCACUCCUGUCCCAGAAGGAGAACCACAGAGGGGCUACCAGACAGUCGUCAGCCUCUCAGUGUUGCCAGACAGUCCCGCGACAGAGCAUCGUGCCAUGCCCAUCGUUUGCGACUAACAAAGAUCCCCACCUCCAUAUCCAGAGUGGCUGCCUCAUUAGAUAGACCUCGCCCGUCCUCAGCAGAGCCUCAAGGCUCUCCAGUAUUACAGAGACUCAUAGCCAAGGACGGUGGGUCAUGGAGCCCUGAGAAGAGGUCCUCUGUGCCGCGGCAUGGCUCCAUUCUGAGUCGCCGCCCAUACCAUGACCACGAGGAGAGCUCCACUUCCAUCACCAGCUCCGGCUCCACAGCUCCUCGCAGACCCACAUCGUUUCGCCCAGAGAUGAGGGCAGAGCAUAGGACAGGACGAGCACCUAGCAUGACAGUUACAGAAUCAAUGCGCUCCCGUUCGGCUCGCAGUGGCCACUCUACUCCCCGCACCCCUGGCUCCACAGCCAUCACCCCAGGAACCCCUCCCAGCUACUCAUCGUCCUCAAGAACCCCUGGAACCCCACGCUCCCUUAGCUUGAUUUCCCAGGAGAGGAAGGUGGCCGUUAUUCGCACCCCACCCAAGUCACCUGCAACCACGCCCAAGCAGCUCCGCAUCAUCAACCAGCCACUGCCUGACUUCAAGAACAUCAAGUCUAAGAUCGGCUCCACAGAGAAUAUCAAGUAUCAGCCCAAAGGAGGACAGGUUCUCAUCCCCAGUGUUAAGCUGGACUAUAGCCAUGUUCAGUCUAGGUGUGGGUCCUUGGACAGGCGGGGCUACUCGGCAGGAGGUGGAAACGUGAUGAUACAGAACAAGAAGAUUGACUUGAGCCACGUGACCUCCAAGUGUGGCUCUCUAGACAACAUCCAUCAUCGGCCAGGGGGCGGUAACGUGCGUAUAGAGACUGUGAAGUUGGACUUCAAAGACAAAGCCCAAGCCAAGGUGGGUUCUCUGGAAAAUGCGCACCACACUCCUGGUGGAAGCCGUGUCACGAUUGAGACCCACAGGCUGUCGUUUCGCGAUCACGCCAAGGCACGAGUGGACCACGGAGCUGACAUCGUUGUCCAGUCGCCGGGCCUGUCCGGCUCGGUGUCUCCCCACCGCCACCGGGACAGCCACCUAUCAUCCUCCGGCAGCCUCAACAUGCUAGAGUCACCGCAGUUAGCAACCUUAGCUGAGGAUGUCACUGCAGCUCUGGCCAAGCAGGGUUUGUGAACACUGGAUCUCUGGGUUCCUGCUCUGCACCCUGGACAUCCUCGCCCUGACUGAUCCCUUCAAACUUUUCUGCCCACUCCUGCCACCCCGAGGCCAACCUCAGCUAAACCACAGCCUCUAAACAUCUCCACUUCCAGAUCCAUCACUCAACUCUUAAGUAGAGACUCGAAUUAGGAGCUACUGUACUUUGAUCUUCUUUAUUUCCCAAAUAUGUGCUAUUUCUGGUUUCGUUGGCCUCUCUCUCUUUUUGAAUGAUGUUGCAUAGAAUAGUUAAGUCUGAGCACUGGUCCUAGACAGUGGCAUAUACAAAGUGGGUGAUCAGGUGAUGGCUUAACUGGUCCUGGAUCAGUGUUAUGAAGAAGCUACAGCCUUUUUUUCUACAUUAAAUAAGAAGUAAUGUGGCCAGCACACCGUGCAGCACGUGUUGUUCUUGCUCAGUAAACGUGCAUGGACGCCAAACCCCCUCUAACAAACCAAGCAUCCUUACUGCAAGUCAUUCUUGUCAUCCAAUAUAUAAUAUAUUUAACAAAUAUAUAUAGAAACAUGUAUAAAAAAAUACAAGUUCUUUGCCAUCUACAUGUCCGAAAAACAUUUUAAAAGGAAGUGACAAUAUGGCGAUAAAAUAUACCUGUAAAAUUGCAUUACUGCAAGAACUAGGUCAUGUUAUGACGAGCAUGUAUCGAUUCUAAUAUUAAAAGAGGCUAUUUUGUAAUCUAAAAACAGGAUUUUAGUAAGUUAUUUCCUCAAUUAUUGGAUAAAGAUUAAACAAGUUCAUGUUUUGUAGUUAUUAGUUGUUUACAGUGUAAUGCUUGGUGACAAUGUCAGACAGCUGAUUUGGUGUUGCUAAGGAAUGCAUCUCAGUCCUGUUGAAGAGCAUCCUACACUUGUACCCGCUCAGUAGUUCAAUAUAGACGCCUGUUUAUACAUCAAAACAAUAUUAAACACCGGAGCUCAUCCCAGAAACCUGCAGCUACAAGUAUCUCGUCUUAACAGCUGCAGAUGUUGAGCUCCCGUGAAUGAACAGUACAGAUGUUCCUCGGCUAACACAGGCUGACGCUGCACUCAUCAGGACUGUCUGUUGUCUGAACCACAAAGGGAUGACGCUCCAAAUUUGCGACCUGAGAUUUAGCAGGAGAUGCAGCUACUCUGAAAUCUGUCUGUGCGUGUGCGUUUUUGGUGCAGAUCCCAUGCCGUUUUACGACGUAUGCUACCGUAUCUGGAUGUUUUGUUGCAAUAUGUGGGAGAAGAAAGUGGAAAUUAAAAAAAAAAUAUUUUGAAAAAUCCAUUAAAAAGACAAUUCAUGAAGAAAAAUAAAAACCGACCGAGAGAACUCGGAUCCUGUUACAUCUGUUAGGAAAAAAAAAAAAGUGUUUGGGUGAUCUAGUUUCUUUUUCAGACACCAUUUGUGGUAUAUCCUGCCUCCUGCCUAAUUACUGCCCUCACCUGCGACUGUUUGUUUGCUUCUGUGUUUUUUCUGCAUACCCCAUCUCCGUGUGCCCCCUCCCCACCUCCUGCUCCACCCUACAGCAACUGUAAAUGUAUUUAAAAGGUCAAGUAGAUGUACGCAGUUUUUCUCUUGUUGAUAUGACACCAAUUACAAUAAUUAAUGACAAUAAAAAGGUCAAAAAGUGAGACUGGGCUACUGUUUUCUAUUUAGAUUACAAGACAUACUGUUAACAGUCAGAAGUUUGGUGCAUGGAAAUACAUUUAUUUGAUUUCUUGCUGAGAGUUCAAAGGGAAGAUCGAUACCACUCUCUCAUCUGUACAGUAAAUAUGAAGCUGCAGCCUGCAGACAAGUAGCUUAGCAUAGCUUAGCUUAGUUUAGCGUAAAGACCAGAAGGGGGGAGUUGGCCAAGCUCUGUCCAAAUGUUUCCAAAUUCCAGCAACCAGCACCUCUUAAGCUCACUAAUCAACACAAUGUAUAUAGUUUGUUUAACCUUCAAAAACUGUAUAUAAAAAACUGCAAAGCUAACCGACUGUUUGCUGUAGCUUGACAGAGGGUGCACAUUUUUGUAUAACUCUUGACAAGAAAACAAAUAACAGGGUUCCCACAGAUCCGUAAAAUAUCUUAAAAGACAUUGUAUUAAUUAUUUAAAAAAUAAACCUUAAUUGGUAUUUAAGUGUCUUAAAUCAAUCUUUCAGAAAUCCCCAAAAUGCUAAGACAUGGGGAGAAGGAUCUUCUAAAUCUUUUUUCUCUGAGCUUGCAUUGUAAAUUUUAAAAUAAUUGGUCAUUUUAAAUAAUAAUGAUAAUAAUAAUAAUAAUUUACCCAGUGCCUCUUGCAUUAAUGUCACCAGAAAGUUAUGUUUUAUGUACAAUAAAUAUUUGGGCAAAAAGCUCCCUAAAGUAUUUCAUUUUUUAAUUUAAUUUAAUUUAAUUUAAUUUUACAUAAUUUCAUUUCAUUCAUUUUAUUUAUUUGUUGUUGUUUUUUGUUUGUUUUUUUGGAUUUGUAAAAUUGGUCAUUAAUUUAAUUCCAAGUGGCAAAAAAAGUC